AGAGCAUGCGAGCAUGCGCAUGCGCCGAGGACGGGAUGGGCGCGCGACGGUUAGCGCGCGGCCGUUAGCGGUCCUCGUUUUGACAACUGUCUGAGGUCUGCAUGGGCCAUAUAGUCCGCGUGACCCAGCCCCCGUUAGCGCGCUCGCCUCCUUCGUCGGCGCAGUCACCGCGCGGGGCGGCCGCCCCUGAAGUAGCUACCACGGCUUGUGUCAACGAAUAAAGCUCCCGGACAGCGUCGCCUUCGGCGACAGCUGGGUGGGCAGUGGGAGCGGUGACUCGUAGUUUCCGUGAGGAGCGAGAGGGCGAAGCAAACUCCAGCCUGGCCCCUGCACCAGCUGCCCAGCAGGCGUGACCUGAGCCUAGUCUGGCAUACGCGGAAUGCUCCUUGAGCCCCACCUGUGGCAGUUACCUUCGGAGGACCGUUGUGGCCUCACCAACAAGUAUUUUCCAAAUAAAUCGUUUGUUCUUGCGGCGGCGGGGCCGAACACGUUACUAUAUUUUUAAUUUUCUCAGCAAACAUUCACCCAACACUUUUAUACGGUAAAACAACUUGGUAAGCAUUUUGAGCGAGCAUCCGCCGGUUUAAGAAGUCACGGACUGAGCAGCUUACUUUUGCCACGUCUGUCCUCAACUGUUUUGAAGAUUGUCCCACCUUAUAACAACCAGUGUGCACAGACUACUACUCAAGGAACGUCGUGGUCCAGCGAUGCAAAGGACUGAAGUCUCAAGGUUUAUUACUAUUCUAACACGGUUGGGUUUAGUGCCAACAACUCUGAAGUGAUUAAAGUAGAUCUCAUAGGGAAAUGGCAAGCUGGAAAAGCCUGUGUUAUCUUCAUAAUAGUACGAAAGAAUUCUAGAUAGGAAGGAAAGAAGGAAGCGAAUGAAGACUAUAAAAGAAAAGAAGAAACUUCCAAGAUUGAGAAAAACUUCCAGGACUAAGAAGGUAAUCCAGAAGAAGCUAUCAUCUUCAGGGCCUGUUUGCCUGCUCUGCCUUCAAGAACCUGGUGAUCCUGAAAAACUAGGAGAAUUUCUUCAGAAAGAAAGUCUCUGUGUGCACUAUUUCUGUCUUAUCCUAUCUAGCAAGCUGCCUCAGAAGGGCCAACCCAACAGAGGUCUCCAUGGAUUUAUGCCUGAAGACAUCAAAAAGGAGGCAGUCCGGGCUUCUAAGAAGAUGUGCUUUGUGUGCAAGAAAAAAGGAGCUGCUAUCAAAUGCCAGAAUGAUCAGUGCGUCAAAAACUUCCAUCUGCCUUGUGGCCAAGAAAGGGGUUGCCUUUCACAAUUUUUUGGAGAGUACAAAUCAUAUUGCGGAAAACAUCGCCCAACACAGGACAUCCAACAGGGGAGUCAGAGGGAGGAAAGCUGUGUCUUGUGUUGCGAAGACUUAUCCCAAACAAGUGUUGAGAAUAUCCGGAGCCCAUGUUGUAGUCAAGCUAUCUAUCACCGAAAGUGUAUCCAGAAAUAUGCCCACACGUCAGCAAAGCACUUCUUCAAGUGCCCCCAGUGCAACAACCGAGAGGAGUUUCCACAAGAGAUGCUGAGGAUGGGGAUUCACAUUCCAGACAGAGAUGCUGCCUGGGAACUGGAGCCAGGGGCUUUCUCAGAGCUGUAUCAACGCUAUCAGCAUUGCGAUGCCCCCAUCUGUCUGUACGAACAAGGCAGAGACAGCUUUGAGGAUGAAGGGCGAUGGCGCCUCAUUCUGUGUGCUACAUGUGGAUCCCAUGGAACCCACCGAGACUGCUCCUCUCUUAGACCCAACAGCAAGAAAUGGGAAUGUGAUGAGUGUUCGCCUGCUUCAACCAAGGAUUACGUAUGUGAAGACUCAAGUGACAUCCCCUGCUGCAGCAGUACCUUCCAUCCCCAGGAGCAUUUCUUCAGGGCCAGCAACCUGGAAGGGAAUCCAGACUCUUCCUGGACUGAGUGGCUCCAACCAUCCCUAUUAGAAAAGCCCGAGUCCUCUGGUGGCAGAAGAAGCCACUCCUGGAGAUCCAAAGGAAUCAGAAUCGCUAAGAACUGCAAAAAGUCCAAGUAACAGCUUCAGAGUAGUUGCUGCCAAGGACAGUGGAGUACAAAACAGCGCUGCUGCAUCAGUUUGGAGAGGUAGCACUUUGAAACCAUGAGACAAAGGGGGCCAGCAGUGAGAUUACUAGCCAAGUGGAGAGGUCUCAGGGGAGGCUGAGAGUAGAACUGACCGAGUCUACAUGCCAACAGCUGAGCAUAAGGCCACCUCUGUUCUUUCUCCCCAGUUCUUUUCCUCUUUCACCAAGAUUCUUCCACCCUAGAUGGUUCUCAUAUGCCUCUUCUUGCUUCACUUGUUAUUUGCAAAUAAAGUUGUCUCUCCAGUGGUGGCUCCCUAUGAAUUUGCUCUGGAAUCUCUCUAAUACUCUAAGGAAUCUGGAGGACAGAGUGAAGGAAUAAGAGAACUCAGCCUCCUGGUCCCCAAAAUGAGUCACUAAACUAUGGAAUAUGGAGCAUAGAUGUGUUCUUUGGGAAGGGAUCAGCUGUAACUGUGAAUUCCAUGAGUGUAAAGUGUCACCCUCAUGCAAAUAAGUGCAUGCAUUCUGGAAAAUGAGUCAGCUUAGCAGUCUACUUUGGUCUGAGAACAGACACUUGUGGCCAGGAUGGGGUCCCUGGACUCAACAUAAUAUAGGAUUGCCAUGAUUAUGUGGGGUAGAAGGUGUCCACUCACUCUAACUAGUGUGAUCUUAGCUCUGUAGCUAGAGUGAGCAACUCAAAGCCCCACUGCCUGGUGGCUGGAGCAUCUCUGACUAGUGUAACUAUGAACUUGCAUACCACAACAUCCACAUUAGGCAAGGCAGCUAGGAUGGGAAUCUGGCAGAAGGCCUGGGGAGAAACUGAAUAGAGCAUAUCUUACAUUAUUUGU